AUGGAGACACACGAGUUGCUACAACUAUUGAGUCCCGACAUACAGAAGGCGCAGCAGCGGCCAAUGGCUCGAUUACUUAGUCGUCAACAGCAACAAAAAGAGAACACACUGCGUGAUUAUACUCGUCAGAACCCCCAAACAGCGCAACGACAAACUCAGUACUGGGCGCAGCGACCUCAGGCAGCGACGCCAACAACGUGCGUAGAUUGUCAAACACAGGCACCACCCGGUCCGCGACAUAUUGCCCGCUGCCUUCAUCAUACAACAGCGCAACAAGGGAGGAAUGACGCCAGAACAAUUAGGAACGGCCAUACAAAGACGCACAAUCGUCACAGCGUUCAGCUGCAACAUUCCCGCCAGGGCAAGAACCAGGCAGCAACUGUCCAAGCAGCCACCAACAAGAACAACCGAUACACAGCCACAGCAACUGAAAUGCACAUUGACACAAAACUCACCGCCGAUUAUCACGAUGAUGCAUUAGCAACAGUCACAACCCAGAAUGGGUGGGAACCAGUGCCGGCAGACAAUUGA